AAAAGAGUUCACAGGAAUAUCAACGAUUUUGACAGGCACUUGUCAACUAUAAUGUUCGAGUUUCCUGUAUAAAUCUAUUUAAAUGCAGGACAGUAGGUAAUGCAACAUUUUACUAUCGUACGAUGGUAGGUGCCGUCGUACUCCUCGCGCUCUUGCCGGCUUUAGUCGCGGGUGCUGGAGAAGGCAACAUCAAAUUAUUAGAAGAUGAAGUAGCAGUAGCUUUGAAAUCGUGCUCGUAUCCUGACGACGUUACUAACUCAAAAGAACCGGCAAGUAAGGAACGUCAUCGUCGAUCUGAGGACUCUUACGAUGCUUCUCCUAGAAUAGACGAUAACAUGAAAGAAGGUAAUCGAUACAGCCAUGAGCGACGGAUAACUAACGACAGCGGCGACCAACUAAUGGUCAUUAACGCAACUGACGACGAUUAUAGUGGUUAUGGAUCUGGAAAUAUGGGAGAAAAACUGUUAACGUCAGUGCCACGCCCCGCGUCUUCUAAUAACAACAUAAACAAGAAUAAUACUAGAAGAACCAGGCGAAAUGAACCUCUUCUAAACCGUCCCGAUUCAGAUCAGUGUCUCAGUCAAUGUGUAUUCGCCAAUUUACAAGUGGUGGACAGCAGAGGUAUCCCCCGUGAGGCAGAAUUAUGGAACAAAGUCCAAACUUCUGUGACGUCACAACAAUCACGUUCUGCACUGCAUGAUCAGAUAAGAGCUUGCUUCCAGGAGCUACAAUCAGAGGCUGAAGACAACGGUUGCUCAUACUCUAAUAAGCUGGAGCGCUGCCUGAUGUUACGGUUCUCUGAUCGUAAGGUUGACGGUAAAGGGAAUCCUAAAAAGUCUUCUACCGAACAGACAUAGGAUAGACUGAUGAAAACAAAUUACGACGAACUGCAUGAGCUUAAGGAUAAACCGAUG